GCUUUAACUGUCUGUCAUUUGGACCUGUGUGUGUGUGUGUGUGUGUGUGUGUGUGUUGGAGGGCGAUCAGCUGAUUGGACCACACAUGUUGGAGGGCGGAGCCAUGAUGGGGAAAGAUUACAUGUUGGCCAUCCUCAUCGUCAACUAUGACGACAACAUCUGGACGGACCAGAACCUGCUGCUGGACCCGGACCUGCCCUCCGGCUGGAGAACCAUCAAAGACUCUACGGGAACUUACUACUGGCACGUUCCCACCGGCGCCACCCAGUGGCAACACCCCUGCCUCAGCGGGACGCCACAGCUGCUCGACACUCAGGUGACCAACUCCUCACCGUACCUGGUUAACCUGGAGGAGGCGGGACAACAUAGAUCCAACAGAGACUCAAAUGGACCACCUGAGGCCAGGUCUUCGUGGCAUGAGGAUUAUCUCACCAACCACGACCCCAACGCCAAGGUGCCAACAACAACCACAACAACACAAUCAAAACAUCACCAAUAA